GUCCAUAUUCUGUACAACUAAACUAUCCAACAUCGAUCAUUAUUGAUGGAAAUGGGAAUUUGUUUAUAUUCGACUCUGGAAAUCAACGAAUUCAACAAUGGCCACCAGGAGCUACGUAUGGUAUAACAAUAUUCGAUGGUUCAUACAAUAAUGCUGUUAGCAUUGGUUCUUUUGGUAUGGUAAUGGAUACAUCUGGCAAUCUUUACGUUACUGACUUUGGUGGAAGGCGUGUGCAAAUGAUAUCAAUGAUUAGUACAAGUGUAUGUGGAACUACGAGAUCACCUUUCGUAUGUACGGCCGCUACGUACAGUAACACAGUAACAACCGUAGCUUACGACACAUCAUACGGAUUUUAUGGUGUUGCAGUAGAUUCAAAUAAUAAUGUUUACGCUAGUAAUAGUGCAGCUCAAGUUUACAAAUAUCAAUAUGGCAGCAAUUCCACAGAUGGUAUACGCAUUGCACCGACUACAGCCCCCAACGUUCCGAACUACUAUAGUACUCCUGGUGGUAACACUGCUAGUCAGAUUGGUACAGUUUAUGGUCUAUUUGUGGAACGUCUAUCCAACAACCUUUAUAUGGCUGAUACUGGUAG